AAAAAGCUAAGGAAUUAAAAGAAAGAUGGGUUCAGAAAGUGGUAUUAAGCUACCCAUAAUUGAUUUCUCCGAUGAAAACCUUAAACCAGGUUGUCCUACAUGGGACAAGGUGAGAAACCAAGUCCACAAAGCUUUAGUAGAAUAUGGGUGUUUUGAGGCCACGUUUGACAAAAUCCCUAUACACCUUAGAGAAUCCAUCUUUGAUGCCUUGAAAGAGCUUUUUGAUCUCCCUUUGCAAACCAAAGUGAGGAACACCUCAAACAAGCCCUUCCAUGGCUAUGUUGGGCAGUACCCCAUGGUGCCACUGUAUGAGAGCAUGGGCAUUGAUGAUGCUAAUCUCCUUCACAAUACCCAACACUUCACCAACAUCAUGUGGCCACAAGGAAACCCUAAUUUUUGCAAUACUGUUCAGUCUUACUCAGAGAAAUUAUGUGGAUUGGAUGAUAUGGUAAGGAGGAUGAUCUUGGAGAGCCUAGGGGUGGAGAAGUACAUGGAUGAACAUAUGAAUUCUACAAACUAUCUUCUUCGAGUGAUGAAGUAUAAAGGGCCAGAAUGUGAUGAUACUAAGCUUGGACUAAAUGCUCACACAGAUAAGAACAUUGUGACCAUACUAUACCAGAAUGAAGUGAAUGGUUUGGAAGUCCUAACCAAAGAUGGGCAAUGGAUCAAUGUUUGUCCUUCCCCCAACUCCUUCAUUGUCAUGAUCGGAGACUCGCUUUAUGCAUGGACAAAUGGAAGAUUGCAUUCACCUUAUCAUAGAGUGAUGAUGAGUGGGAAUGAAGCAAGGUAUUCCGCAGGCUUAUUUUCGAUUCCAAAAGCAGGAUACAUAAUCAAAGCCCCACAAGAGUUGGUAGAUGAACAACAUCCUUUACUCUUCAACCCUUUUGAUCACGUCGAGUUUCUUGGGUUCUACUACUCGGAAGAAGGGCAAAAAUGUCAAUCUGCUCUUGCAACUUACUGCGGGGUUUAAAAUUCAAUUUGCAUUGUAAACUAUGGUGCUACACAACUUAGUGAACCAUACAAAAUCACCAAGUCAAUAUCUAUUACGUACUAUAUUUUAAUUUGUUAUUAGUCUUAUUAUUCUCAAAAACUCUAAAAUAAAAAUGUUAAUUUGUAUCUUUAUUAUAUUGUUCAUCUUGAAUAAAGUCGUCAUAUAUAUUA